AUGCUUGAAGAAAUUUCUUUUUCAAUUCUAGAUUUUGAUGGGAAAACAAUGUAUGAGGAAAUCAUAAGGGCAACAACAGAAGAUUUUGAUUCCAUAUAUUGCAUUGGAACGGGAGGACAUGGAAGUGUAUACAGAGCAAAUUUGUCAUCUGGCAACAUGGUAGCCGUGAAGAAACUCCAUCUUCUCCACAAUGGCGAGAAUAAUUUUCAGAAGGAAUUCUUCAAUGAAAUAAGAGCACUAACUGAGAUACGACACCGGAACAUUAUGAAGCUUUAUAGUUUCUGUUCACAUAAACGACAUUCAUUUUUGGUGUAUGAGUAUCUCAAAAAGGGUAGCUUGGCCACAAUGCUGAGCAAUGAUCAUGAAGAUAUCUUACCUUCAAGCAAAAAUAAGAAUGUGAACAUUGUUAAAGGUUUAGCUAAUGCCUUGUCCUACAUGCACCACGAUUGCUUGCCACCAAUUGUACAUCUUGACAUAUCAAGCAAGAAUAUUUUGCUGGAUUCUGAAUAUGAGGCUUGUGUUUCAGAUUUUGGCACUGCUAAGUUUUUAAAUCCAGACUCAACUAAUUGGAGUGCUCUUGCAGGCACGUAUGGAUAUAUAGCACCAGAGCUUGCUUAUACAAUGGAGGUGAAUGAGAAAUGUGACGUGUAUAGCUUCGGAGUAGUAACGUUGGAACUGAUUAUGGGAAGGCAUCCAGGAGAUCUCUUGUCAUCUUUACUACAAUCUUCAUCAUCUGCAUUACCUGCCCAUCAAAUGCUAAUGAAGGAUAUUUUAGACCAACGCAUUACCCCUCCUACACAUCAAGAAGCAGGGGAAGUGGUCUCUCUAGUGCAGAUAUCUUUUGCAUGCUUGAAUCCCAGUCCUCCAUCUCGUCCAACAAUGAAACAAGUGUUAGGAGAUAAUCCAAUAAUGACUUUUAUUGAAGACAGAGGCUUGCAUAUUUGCAAUGUCUUAAAGACAGAAUUUUGCAUCUUCUCAGUGAUUGAAGUUCAACAGGUCCCCCGCUCAACAGCAGUGCAUUUCGGAAUGCUCUUCCGGAAGCAUUGCAGGGGAACAAAGGAGUACUGUGCGGCAACAUUUGAGCUCUGA